AUGGCGGACUCGAGAGGUCAACGUUUAGCGGAUGCUGACGUGGACAUGUUAGACAAUGUCCAGGUGGAUCAGCCAAACCUGCAGGGCGACGCGGAUGUGUCGCUAUCCAACGGUCACGAUCCCGAGAUCGUGAAAUCGGAGGAGGAUAAGAAGGCGUACCGCAUGGUGACUCUCCCGAAUGGGUUAAUCACCCUGUUAAUUUACGACCCUGAGAUUGCCGCGUCAGGGGAUGACGAUGAGGAUGAUGAGGAGGAGGAGGAUGAGGAGGAUGAGAUAGAGAGUGAGGAGAGCGAUGAGGAGAUGAGUGUUGCUGAGGGUGGAGGAAGCGGAGAUGGGCAAAAAAGCAGCGGAAGGGGGAAAGGGGGGAAGGGGGAAAAGGGGGGUAAGGGUGGGAAGUCCAAGGGACGAAAAGGUGCUAGUAAGGGAGGGAAGGGAGGUGACGAUAUCGAAGGUGAGGAUAGCGAUUGGGAGACAGCGAGUGAGGAGGAGGAGGAAGGGGUAGGAGACGACGCAGGUACUGACAAAACGGAGGAGGAGCGGGAAACGGCAAAGGUGGCAGAAGGAAAGGGGGAUGGUCAUAACAAGGAAGGCAAGAUGGGGCAAGCAGGGGGUGAGACGACGGGCGGGGAGGGGAAGCUGGCAGCGGCAGCCAUGUGUGUGGGCGUGGGAAGCUUCCUGGAUCCUCCCGAUGCUCUCGGCCUCGCACAUUUCCUUGAGCACAUGCUGUUCAUGGGGAGUGUCAAGUUCCCUGACGAAAACGAGUACGACUCGUUUCUGAGGCGGCAUGGCGGCGGCUCGAACGCAUUCACAGAGACAGAGUUCACGUGCUACCACUUUGACAUCGCACACAAGUACCUGCACCCUGCUCUUGACAGGUUUGCGCAGUUCUUUGUGGCGCCGCUGGUGAAGGCAGAUGCCAUGGAGAGAGAGGUGCAGGCUGUGGACUCGGAGUUCAACGUCAGUCUGCAGAGCGACGUGUGUCGGGUGCAGCAGCUGCAGUGCUCCACCUUACAGAGCGAUGUGUGUCGGGUGCAGCAGCUGCAGUGCUCCACGUGCGUGCAGCCAGACCACCCCUUCCGCAAGUUCUCCUGGGGCAACCGCAAGAGCCUCAUAGACGACCCGGCCAAGCUUGGAGUGGACAUGCGGGAGCGGCUGCUGCAGCUCUACUCGCGGUUUUAUACAGCCGGGGCGAUGAGGCUGGUCGUGGUUGGGGGCGGUGAGUGCUGGUGUUUGAGGGCUGGUUGUGGUGCGGUGUGGUGUGGUUGUGCCGCAUGCAGCAGGUUCAGGUAUUUGGGCAUGCGGGAGCGGCUGCUGCAAGUUCUCCUGGGGCAACCGCAAGAGCCUCAUAGACGACCCUGCCAAGCUCGGAGUGGACAUGCGGGAGCGGCUGCUGCAGCUCUACUCGCGGUUUUAUACAGCCGGGGCGAUGAGGCUGGUCGUGGUAUUUGGGCAUGCGGGAGUGGCUGCUGCAAGUUCUCCUGGGGCAACCGCAAGAGCCUCAUAGACGACCCUGCCAAGCUCGGAGUGGACAUGCGGGAGCGGCUGCUGCAGCUCUACUCGCGGUUUUAUACAGCCGGGGCGAUGAGGCUGGUCGUGGUUGGGGGCGGUAUUUGGGCAUGCGGGAGCGGCUGCUGCAAGUUCUCCUGGGGCAACCGCAAGAGCCUCAUAGACGACCCCGCCAAGCUGGGAGUGGACAUGCGGGAGCGGCUGCUGCAGCUCUACUCGCGGUUUUACACCGCCGGGGCCAUGAGGCUGGUCGUGGUGGGGGGAGGUGCAGGAGUGGACAUACGGGAGCGGCUGCUGCUCGUGGUUCUAUACGGCCGGGGCGAUGCGGCUGGUCGUGGUACAGGAACAUGUUAUGAGUCGACUCAAAACUCUGGGAGUGGACAUGCGAGUGCGGCUACUGCAGCUCUACCCGCGGUUCUACACGGCUGGGGCCAUGAGGCUGGUGGUGGGGGGGGAGAGCCCCUGGACACGCUCGAGGCGUGGGUGAGGCAGCUCUUCUCGCCCAUUACCUCUCCUGCCCCACAAGAGCCCCUGGACACGCUCGAGGCGUGGGUGAGGCAGCUCUUCUCGCCCAUCCCCCCCUCACUGGACACUCAAGAACCUAACUCCUUUCGCUCCCCUUCUCACACCACCUACCCUCUCCCACAGAGCCACUGGACACACUCGACUCGUGGAGCCCUUGGACACGCUGGAAGCAUGGGUGAGGCAGCUCUUCUCGCCCAUCCCUCGAUUUCUGGUGCUACUGUUCUGAAGCAGUAUCCUCAAUUUCCACCCUCUCCAUCAGAGCCCCUGGACACGCUUGAGUCGUGGGUGAGGCAGCUCUUCUCGCCCAUCCCUCCGGGGGGCAGCGGCAUUCACCCGCUGCUGCACCAGCUGCCCCCGCCUGCCACCUUCUCUCCGCCCUCCCAGGACUCUGAGAUGCUGGGGCCUGGUGCUGCUGGGUUGGAGCAGGAGGAGGGGGGGGCAGGGGAGGUGGUGGGAGGGGGGCGGCUGUAUGAAGUGGCGAGUGUGAAGGAGCAGCAGCAGGUGUCGCUCAUGUGGACACUGCCGUGCCUGCAUGCCGAGUCAGGGCAGGAGGGGGGCAUGGGAGGGGGGCAUGGGAGGGGGGCAUGGGAGGGGGGCAUGGGAGGGGGGCAUGGGAGGGGGGCAUGGGAGGGGGGCAUGGGAGGGGGGCAUGGGAGGGGGGCAUGGGAGGGGGGCAUGGGAGGGGGGCAUGGGAGGGGGGCAUGGGAGGGGGGCAUGGGAGGGGGGGUAUGGGAGGGGGGCAUGGGAGGGGGGGUAUGGGAGGGGGGGUAUGGGAGGGGGGGCAGAUCUUUGCGUUGUCUCAGACCCUGCAUGCGGAGCGGACAGGCCAGCAAACCCCACAACUACCUCUCGCACCUCAUCGGGCAUGAGGGCAGUGGCAGUCUGCUAUCGUUGCUCAAGGCCAAGGGGAGGGCCACGGAGCUGGCUCUACUUCCUCCCUCCCUCCCCCAUCACCCUCUUUUGUUCCUCCCUCAUUCACACUCUUCCCCUUCCACAGAGGGCAGUGGCAGUCUGCUAUCGCUGCUCAAGGCCAAGGGGAGGGCCACGGAGCUGGCUCUACUUCCUCCCUCCCUCCCCCAUCACCCUCUUUUGUUCCUCCCUCAUUCACACUCUUCCCCUUCCACAGAGGGCAGUGGCAGUCUGCUAUCGCUGCUCAAGGCCAAGGGGUGGGCCACGGAGCUGGCUCUACUUCCUCCCUCCCUCCCCCAUCACCCUCUUUUGUUCCUCCCUCAUUCACACUCUUCCCCUUCCACAGAGGGCAGUGGCAGUCUGCUAUCGCUGCUCAAGGCCAAGGGGUGGGCCACGGAGCUGGCUCUUCUUCCUCCCUCAUCGCCCUGCUCCUCUCUCACCACUCACACACCUCUUCUCAUUCCCCAUGUCCCCCUCCCAGAGGGCAGUGGCAGUCUGCUGUCGCUGCUCAAGGCCAAGGGGUGGGCCACGGAGCUGGCAGCGGGGGUGGGGGAGAGCGGGUAUGAGAAGAGCUCCCUCGCUUUUGUCUUCACCGUCACAAUCACACUCUCCGAGGAUGGCCUCAAACACGCUCUAGACGUGGUGGGAACGGUGUUCCAGUACAUCACCAUGCUGCGCCAGGCGCCCCCCCAGCGGUGGGUGUUUGAGGAGCUUCAGGCCAUCGCAGCCAUGGACCUUCGAUUUGCCGAGGAGGACUCGCCUGACGAGUACGCCGUCAGGCUCGCAGGCAACAUGUUCUACUACCCCAAGCGGCAUGUGAUAGCAGGGGACUACAUUCACGACAAGUGGGACCCUGACCGCAUCGCCUACCUGCUCUCGCUGCUCUCGCCACACUCCGUGCGCCUUGACCUGCUCACUCACUCCUUCGACCACACCAGAGAAGGUGUUCUCAAGGAGCCGUGGUUCGACGUGCCCUACACCACAACCCUGCUCUCCCCGGCUCUCCUGGACCAAUGGGCGAGCGACACGUGGCUCAACCCCGACCUGCGCAUGCCUCCCCCCAACGAGUUUAUCCCCACCGACUUCUCCCUCCGCCCCUCCUCCUCCUCCUCCACUGCUGCCCCUACUGCUACCACCACCGCCACUACCACCAUUGCUGCUGCUACUUCUGCUGCUGCUGCUACCACUAACAUCAGUGAAUCUCCCAACGGGACAACUCCUAGUGUGGCCAGUGCACCCAGUGUGCCGCGGGUGGUGAGGGAGGAGGCGGGGCGGUGCAAGGUGUGGUACAAGCAGGACGAUGUGUUCCGCUCGCCGCGCCUCAACGCCCACUUCGCCCUCUCCUCCCCUCACGCCUGUGACUCUCCCCGCUCCGCUGCCCUCACUGAGCUCGCGGUGAAGCUUAUCGAAGAUUCUCUGAACGAGACCCUGUACCUGGACGAUGUGUUCCGCUCGCCGCGCCUCAACACCCACUUCGCCCUCUCGUCUCCUCACGCCUGUGACUCGCCCCGCUCCGCUGCACUCACUGAGCUCGCUGUGAAGCUUAUUGAAGACUCCCUCAAUGAGACUCUCUAUCUGGUGAGUGUGGCCAAGCUAGACACCUUCAUGGCCGUCCAGGGCUUUAAGAUCCUAACCCUAAAUCCCCUUCCCUUCUUUCCCCCAUCCCUAUCCCCCCCGCCUCCACCUCUCGUGCAGGCGAGUGUGGCCAAGCUAGACACGGUUAUGGCCGUCCAGGGCUUUAAGAUCGAGAUCCGAAUCACGGGCUUCAGCCACAAGCUGCCGACGCUCGCCGCCCGCAUCUUCCGCCACAUCAGCACGUUCCGGGCGGCGGCCGACCGCUUCAGUGCUCUCAAGGAGGAGCGGUGCCGCGCGUACCGCAACGCGCUCUUAAAGCCCCUCAAGCACUCCGCCUACCUCCGCCUACUGCUGCUGCGCAACCCCGCCUGGACCAUCCCGGACAAGCUAUCGGCGCUAACUGCGUGCGAGGUGGACGAUUUGAACGCCUUUCUGCCGACUCUCUUCUCCCGGGUGAGUUUUGUUAGAGGCUACACGAUACUGAUUGGGUUCUGCAGUCUGCUGCUGCUGCGCACCCCCGCCUGGACCAUCCCGGACAAGCUAUCGGCGCUCAGCGCGUGCGAGGUGGACGAUCUGAACGAGUUCCUGCGGGUGCAAUUCUCGCGGACAUGCAUAGAAAUGCUGAUUCACGGUAACGCAACAGAGGAGGACGCGUUAGCACUCGCCUCAGCCGUCACCGACACCCUCCCAGUGCCCUCGCCUCCGCUGCUGGACCUCCCUUCAGAGCGCUGCCUGCAGCUGCCACGUGGCAAGUCCCUGUUGGUCGAGAGCCCCGUGGGGAACCCGGCCGAGGAGAAUUCUGCAGUCGAGGUGUACUACCAGGCCUGCCAGGUGUAUUACCAGGCGUGUCAGGACCAGGGCCGGGCGUCCAUCCGAGACCGAUCGCUCGUGGACCUAAUGGAGCAGGUGAUGUCAGAGCCGCUGUUCGACACACUGAGAAGCAAGGAGCAGCUGGGGUACCGAGUGGACUGCGCCACUCGCCUCACCCAGGGACUCCUCCCUUUGACCCACCCAACCAUCGCGUCCGUCCCUCAUCCCUCGUCCCUCUCUUGUGCGCCCCUCUCCCUUCUCUCGCCCGUCGCUCAGGUGAUGUCAGAGCCCCUGUUCGACACACUGCGCACCAAGGAGCAGCUCGGGUACCGAGUGGACUGCGGCACUCGCCUCACACACGGCGUUUUUGGCUUCUGCAUCCGCGUGCAAUCCGCUGAUUAUGGGCCAGAAUACCUGCAGCAACGCGUGGACUUAUUCCUAAAGACCUUCCGAGAUAACCUGAGCGCCCUGCCCGAAGCUGAUUUCAGGGCACACAGGGCAGCGCUGCAGGGCGCACAGGGCAGCGCUGCAGGUGCUGAAGAUGCGCCCUCCCAUAGUCACCUCCUCCUACUCUUUCCUUCUCUCACCCUCUCUUUUUCCCUCUCCCAGAGCGCUCUGCCCGAAACGGAUUUCAGGGCGCACAGGGCGGCCCUGCAGGUGCUGAAGAUGCGCAAGGACCAUACCCUGGGGGACGAGACGCACCGCUACUGGGAGCAGAUCUGGGAGGGCAGUUCGCUCUUCAACUCGCGCCAGCUGGAGGCUGUGGCCCUCUACAACAUCACGCUCGCAUGCUGGGCUGAGCUGCGUGAUUGGCUGGAGGCUGUGGCGCUCUGCAACAUCACGCUUGCUGAGCUGUGCGCGUGGUUCGACCGCCACAUCAGCAUGACAGCUGGCGCCGACAGCGACGGAGGGGAUGGCGCUGACAAGGACAGCAUCAUGGUCGAGAAUGGAGAGGCUGGUGCAGCGGAGGCGGGUAACGGGGAGGCUUAUAAGGGGGACGGGGAUGGUGGAGGGAAGGUGCUUGGACGGCGCGUGCUGGUGCAUGUGUGGGGAGCAGGCAAGUGGAAGGAGAGGAGUGAGGUGAGCACUGGGGAGACAGGAAAAGAUGCAGUUGGAAAGGCUGAAAACGCCGGGAAGAAUGGGAAGGGUGGUGGUGAGGGUGAUGGGAAGGAUGGGCAAUGGAGGGAAGGACAGGUGGUGGUUGAGGUGGCGGAUAUAGAGAAGGAGAAGGCUUCUCUUGAGCUCUUUCCCGUGCUUAAACCCGUGGUGGUGGCGGCAUGA